AUGGCAAACCCACGGGGUAAUCAUGACGGGUUGCAUGAUGAUGAUCCAUAUCGGCGCCCUACGCUUGCUUACUAUUGGGAACAAGUGACAGUGUACACAGGAAGCUCGCAUGUGCGAUACAAGUGCUAUAUGAACGAGCUGGACACCUUGACUGCUGAGCAGGUACAUUGGUUGCCUUAUGUGGAAGAUCGUGACUUUGAUCUUAAUGAGAUGUGCACGCGUGAUAGCCAUCUUUGGCGGGCGAGGUGCCCAAUGAUAUGCUUCUUCGCAGUCGAGUGGCACUUUGUAGACCGUGUGGCAAGACAAUUUGGAAAAAGACAAGGUAUUCCAAUUGAGGAGAGCAAGGAGGAAAUGCUAUCUCUGCAUCGGUUCGAUCGAAGGAACAAUCAGGAUAUAUCGGAUUGGGCAAACAAACACCGUGCGUGGAUAGAAAUUUGGAAUCAAAGAGACACGUUAGUGCAAUCAGAGAAUAGACCUCACAAUCAGUCAGCAUAUCAGAAGUAUCAAGUGUGGUAUGCGGAUCGUUACCGGUUAAAGCUGAAGCCAGGUUGGACUCACGAGGAGUGGUCGGAGUUGGUGUCUGAAGACCCGGAGACUGCAGAAGGUUAUCAUACCUUCAACACGGCUGUGAGAGACACCAGAGGGGCUCAUGUUGACUACGCACCGAUGCAUGAUGAAAUGGGCAGAGAGUUGCUUCUGUGCGUCAACGAUGCCAAUGUUGCACUGAGUCAUCCACCUGGUGGUGCAUUAUCUGAGAGGACUCUUAGGAGCACGAUGGAGAAGUUCAAGAAGUGGUUCCAUAAGAUGGCAGCUAUGCUUUCUUGCCAUGGUGCUCAGUCCAAUGACGUGUAUGCACCAGGUAGCCGCGCCGCCAGAGCUAAUAAACGGCGUUAUGUCCAGAACGAAGAGGACAUAGAGGAGGAGGUUACACAACCGACACAAGGCAAUGCCCGCUCUAGAAAAGGCAAAGCAAUAGCUAAGACACCGGGCCAGAAAGGUAGAAAGAAGAUAUGGAACACUCAAUUCCAUAGUCCGGAGUAUCCUCAUCAAUUUAUGCCUGCGGGAAUGCAAAGAUAUAAGUCGAACAUUGAUGCAGAAGCGGAGGAGGCUAGCGAAGAGGAGGAGCAUGAGGCUAGCGAAGAGGAGGAGCAUGAGGCUAGCGAAGAGGAGGAGCAUACACUUGCAGAUAUCGUGAAGAGAGGAAGGAAGAAGUGA